AGGAACACAGCAACACGACCCCUCGCAAUCACGCAGACCGUCCACCCCUUGUCGUCUCCGAUCGCCGCCGCCGAACCCUACAACCGACCCGCCAUGGCUGAUCCGCCAUCCCUAGCCUCCACCGCAACGCCGCAGCCCGACCAGCUCGCCACAUCUGCUUCCAUCCCGCAGAACGCCAACCCCCAAAUCCCCCUGCCCCCCAUCGUUUCCUCCGCGCAGGUCAACCCGGCCUCGGCUGCUACGGGAGGCAGAUCCACGGACCCGCCGCAGUUGCAGGCGCCUUCUCGCGCGCAGGCGGCUGAAGGCGCCGGAGGAUUCGGUGCGAUCCACCGCUCAGGCCCGGCCUCCCUCGCCCCCGCCGUCGGCCAGCCUCCACGGUACGCGACAGCCGGCACGACAUAUGGCACGCAGAUGGCCUUCCCGGGCGGCGGGGGGCAGUUGGGCCAGCAGCCGGGGCUGCGCGCGGCCAUGUUUGGGCAGGGGCAGCCGAGGAUGCUUCAAGGGCAGGGCAACGCAGCCUCCGCGGCGCAGUACGGGCUCCAGUUCCAGCCAACGAUGAUGGCGCAGCCAGGGCAGAGGGGCGUGGUACAAGGCGUGCAAUUCAACACUCCCUCUGCACAAGCACAAUCCAUGGGUGCUUCCCUGAUGAACCAGAUGAGGCCUAAUGGAAUUACUACCCCAUAUGGUGCUCAAAGUCAGCAACGUUCUGCCUAUCAUGCACAAAUGAGGCCACAACAACAACCUGGAUCAUCACAAAAUGGUCCUGUGGUGCAGAUGUUACCAACGCAUCAGAUGCAAUCGGCAAUGGCCUCGCCUGUUUCUCCACAUCAACGCCAGCAAGAACAAAUGAUGCAACUGAUACAACAACUUCAGCAGAGAGGAUUGAAUCGCCAGCAGAUUGCGCAGGCGCUGCAGCGACUUCCCCAUCUUAAUGCCCAACAUCUGAACCAGCAGCAACGGCAACAACAGCAAGCAUCUCCAAGGAUGCCAGCAUCUGCAGCAGGGAAGCCCGCAAACACGGCAGGAUCGCAGCCGGCGACACCUUCCUCAGGCGGAACCGCGGCGGGUGCAAAUGGGCCGCAUCAAGGAGGGGGAAAUUGCAGCCAACUUAUUGGGAAGAGAAAGAUACAUGAUUUGGUGGCGCAGGUGGAUCCACAGUGCGAGGUUGAUCCAGAGGUGGAAGAUUUGAUUCUGGAGAUUGCCGACGACUUCAUUAACACAGCGGCUGAUUUUGCGUGCAGGCUUGCAAAGCACAGGAAAUCGUCGGUUGUGGAAGCCAAGGAUGUGCUACUGCACCUGCAGAAGAAUUGUCACCUGUCCGCUCCUGGUUUCUCACAGGAGAGGAUGUGAAUGAAUCUGCAGAGAAAUUCAGUGUAGGCUUUGGUAGAAUUGUGGCAUUUACUUUGAAAAGCGUGAAUUGUAUUUGAGAUAGAUACUUAUACCAUUAUAGGUAAAUGAGAACUGCUAUACGGACGACACAUUAUGCCCGA